CUUGUUACGGUGGGUCUGGCGGACAACCCUCGCCUUGAAGCACCAAGCUGGCUGUCACCGCAGCGGCUUCUCGCCGUCCAAGUCGACCGAAACAUGGCCGACGGCAGCAUGGCAGUUCGAGUUUCCAACAGAUCACACGGAGAGGGAGCAGUGACAUCGGACACAGACUCGUGCAAGCGUUUCAAGGUCAAGAAGGUUUUUGAACUGUCACCAAAUGCCGAGGCCAAGCCCCUGGCUGGACUCGCGGACUUGCUCGUAUCCAACGAAUGUGACACGCAUGGAGUGUUUGCGCAACCUGGUCACGUGCUUAUUGUGUCAGAGAGGUCUCUGGGAAAUGUGGCCGAGGCUGACGUCCUCUCGCUGGGAGACGGCACCUCGGCAUACCGGCUGCCCAACAACGUCAACAUAACGAUGCCAGCCUGCUUCGACGCCCAGAGGAGGCCCGGCCGUACACCUCCCGAAAACGCGGUCCUGGUCUCCGAUACGGAGUCCGACGCGGCGGUACCAUGUCAGAUUGGACGUCAGCACAUUGACCUGGGAUGCCCCGUCUGCCCACUGCACGUGGGUGACGAACUGAAACGACGCGCAUGCACGGCUCCUACGGCAUUCGUGGUGCGAAGAAAUGCGGAGCGACUGACAGUGCACGACCGUAGGAAACCGUGGUUUCUGCCGAAGCUCGAAAUCUCGCAAGUCGCGCCACUGCGGACUGUCAGAGAAAUCAACAUUCGGGUUCGACAGAGGAGACCACUAGGAGGCAACGAAUCCGGUUCGGCGACGUGUGUCACGGGAAGCCUCUCAAUUUUGGAUGACGUCAGCCCUGGGGGGAUCGAUACUGCGGCCAAUCAUAUCAACUUCAUCAUGCGGUCCCACUGCGACUGCGACUUUCUGCGCAAAGACGCCGGGUAUGCCAUGUUGCUCAGCGACAAGCCCAUUCCCAGGACGGGCAGGACUGUGCAUCUUGACGGAAACUUCACGCUCGUCUCGCUGCCGGCCGGCGUCACCAACCUGACGUCGUGCUCCUCCGGUGCGUCGGACGAGACCGACGUAAUGCUGGGAGAUCAGCCGAUGACAAAUGGCCAGCGUCCACCGCUCGUGGCGCCAGCACCGCCGCUUGCUCACAGUUGUCCCGUGUGUCACAGCGAGCUCGAAGCCGACCUCUACAACCCAAUCUGUGGAGCCUCAACCGUUGUCCGAAUGCUGUCCCUGAAUCCUGCGGCCAGAGGUCCAUCCGGCUUGUACAUUGGGAAAACAAGAAUCGUCCAGCCCGUGAGAGGAGCGCAGGACAAGAUCGGAAAUACGCUGAUCUAUACCUUGCCAGAAAACUGCAAAUGUGACUAUGUGACCAAACCGUCCAGGCAAUACUUCGUCUUCACGGGACAGCUUGCCAGUGCCGCUGGAAAACCGACGCACGUGCCGUUCACGGAUCAGAUGCACAUCCUGGCCUACAGCUACAAGAACGCACGACUUCUGCAUGACGCCCUGUCCGCCUGUCCAAGCACUUCGAGUGCGUCGCUUGGCUCGAUACAGAAGCGAAUGGACACCUACGCAGUGGCUGACCAGGCUGAGUACGCCGGUAGCUACGGAGGCGCCUCUGGUCCUCUCUAUGGUUCAGGCGCCGGUGCAACUCAUCAUGUCGAACCAAAACUCUCCGCCGGAUACGGCACAUACGACGCUGGAAGGUCAGCGCCUGCGAAUUACGGAGCCUCGAGCUACGGAGCAGCUCCGUCUUCUGCGAGCUAUGUCGGCGCUGCCCACUCAGCGACUUCCGGCAAUGGGCCUGCGUACGCUCCAGCAUCUGCACCCGGCUACGCCGUUCCGACAGCGACCGCCACUUAUGGGCCUCAGCCGCCACCUCCAGCUUAUGGUGUAACCUCGUCGCCAAGCUAUGGCUACGCGCAAGCGCCUUCGAAAUACAAUGCCGCUACUGCGACUUACGGAGAUUCCGCAGUUACCGCUAGUUAUCCCGCCCCGUCUCCAAGCUAUGGCGGUGGCGCUCCAGUCGCUUACAUGCCCGCAGCGCCAAGCUACGGACCUCUUCCUGCUCCUGCGUAUAGUGGUGCUCCUGCUUCAGGACACGGUGUGCAAGCUAAGCCUUCAAACUACGGUCCCGCCCCUCAACCAACUUACUACAGUGGAUCGGCCCCGACAUACGGCUCUUCAUCUUCGUAUUCCCAGGGGCCCUCGUACAACACUGCUAAUAAAGGGGCCGCGAAACCACCGGGCUACAGCCCUGCUCUUGCUCCCUCUUAUGGCGCGACAGCUGACGGAAGUUAUGGUUCUGCAAGCGCAGCAAACUACGGUGCUGCGGGCGCAACGCAGGCUCCCAACUACGCGGCACCGGCUCCGAGUGCAAGCUACGGCACCGCAGGACAUGGAGGAGCGUCGGCCUCGGUGUACAACCAAGGAGGUGCUGGUUACGGCUCUGGGGUACCUAGUUAUGGUUUGGGUGCUCCUAGCUCCUCAAGCUAUGUGUCACCACCGGCAGCAAGUCAUAGUGCACAUCCUUCCGCAGCAUCUAGCUAUGGACCAUCAAGCUACAAUGCUGUUCAGCAGAAAGCUCCGUCGUAUGGCAGUCCAGCUACAGGUUACGGGUCUCCGCCUUCUGGAAACUAUGGUUCGGGUAUGGCUGCCAGUUACGGGUCCGCGCCUUCUUCAGGCAACAAAAAUGCUCCUACUUACGCUCCAGCUCCUAACGCCGGCUACAAACCACCUGCUGCUGCUUACAGUAAUGGUGCUUCGCAUUCACUUGGAGCAUAUGGAUCAGGGUACAGGCCUCCAGCAGCAGAAAAUGUUCAAGCUUCUUCGCCAACCUAUGAACCACCUCCUUACACUGCUGGAACAGAUGCAGCUUACGAAGCCAGCGCAUACGACGGCUACAGAGAUGUGACUUAUGUUCCUCCACACGGAAUGGCCGAGUAUCCGCCAUCAGCUUACCAGUCACUGUACCCGACAGAUGAAGACCAUGCCACGGUAAUAUCUUACGUUCCGACGUAUCCUUCUGAACACGAUUACUAUGGUGGCAAUCAGGAGUCGCACGGUAAUGCAGGAUAUGGUUCGAACAGUGCGACUUAUUCUCCCCCGCCGUACGCUGCUCCGGCUUACGGAGGAGCUACUUACGCUCCUCCAGCGUACACAGUUGCUCCUUCGUCCUACAGAGCUAAUCCUGGAUACGACUCGCCGUACGGUACCUAUGCACCCGCUACUUCUGGAAACAGUGCACAAGCCUCCAAGGAAGUUCCUUCGAGUCCUGCUUAUUCUUCAGCACCACAUGGUUCCGCUAAAUCUCCAAUGUACAGCCCACCUCCGGCAGCCCCAGCUUAUGCUUCGCCAAGCUAUCCUUCCGCCGGUAGCAAAGUGCCUGCCUACGGUGGCGCAGCUGCGAGCCAAUCACACAGUUCCGCGUCGCACGCCGCACCGGCUGUUUCGUACUCUCCACCCUCGUACGCUGCAGCGCUUGCCUAUGCCCAGCCGUCCCACGGAGGUAGUGCCGCAGCGUUACCUUAUGCACCAGUUUCUCAUGGCACUGCCGGCGGAAGCUAUAAUGCUAACGCGUAUAGCGCAGGCGCUUCUGGUGCCCCGUACAACUCCGCCAGUUCUGACUCCUCACCUUAUUUCCCGCCGAAGUAUCCACCGGCAUCCAACCCGACACCCGCUUCCCCAGGUCCAAUGUACCCCUCUCCUUACAAACCGCCUGUUUCAUCUGCUACAUCGUACACAGAAGCGCCAGCUGCACCCGUCUAUGCGGCACCGCAGCCGUACGGUCAGGCGGCGCAUAAACCUUCUGGCAGUAAGCCAAGUUACAUGAACGUGCCAGUGUCUGCUGCCACUUACGGCCCUCCGCCUUAUUCUGCUCCAUCGUAUGGCGCGGCCGCAGCAGGACAGGGAAUGGCCUACGUCACUGCAAGUUAUGGAAGCAGCAGUUACACAGCCACUGCGUCUGCGCCCACCUACACCGCCCCUAAGCCGCAGUAUGCAAGCGCGCCAGCUUCUAGUAGCGGCAACUCCUAUAAUCCAACUGCAUAUGUUACAACGGCGAGAUACUCAGGUCCCGUUGGACACGAUGCAUCAUAUGGCAUGGCUCCCUCCUACCGGUCACCAGGUAACGCUCACGAACAGUUGAAAGGCCGCAACCCUUCUUACAAUGGUGAACCAAGCCCCUCUUAUGCCGCUCCAUCCUAUGGCACAGAUGACGCGCAGCCAUCCUCGUAUGACAGUUCUUCUUCGUCACAAGCUUAUACGACGUCUUCUUACGGAUCUGUUUCAUACACAACGCAGGGAUCUAAUGCUGCUUCCUACAGCGCAACUUACGCUCCCCCAGCGCACAAUGCGCCAGCUUAUUCCCAGCAGUCGAAUUACGCGCCGACAAAAACUGAAGCUGCGGCACCUGCAGAAUAUUCGGGAGCGACUUACGCUCCUCCGCCUUACAGUGCACCUUCGUACAGCAAUCCGAGCUACAGUGCGUCGAGCGCACCACCAUCUUAUUCAGCCCCAUCGUACGCAGCUUCCAACACCGCGCCUUCGUCCGCUAGCCAAGCGUACAAUCCUUCGUAUGGCGCAGCUAGCGCGGCGAUGCCGUCCUAUGUCAGUUCGCCGUCGGCGCCACCAGCGGCGUACAGUGGCGUAAAACUCUACAGCGCUACCAUGUCUCCAGCGGUGUAUCCUGUAGCUUCAUACGCGCCGCCUGCUUACGUUGCCCCCAGCUACGCCCAACCGUCGUACGCUGUUACUUACGCUCCACCCGCUUACGCCGCACCCGCGUACCAUGCCGCCGCUGCCGUUCCACCUACGUACAACCAUCCAUCAUACACGCCUUCUUAUGCUCCUCCCGCCUACUCUGCCCCAGCCUACGCAUCUAUGCCUGCCUACGGGACCGCCCUGCAAAAUCCACUGCACCCUGCUCCAGCUUACAUGACUGUUACUUACCCUCCGAUGACAUACGUUCCUGGUCCAUACGAUCCGCCUUCGUACACUCCCCCUGCCUACUCUGCGCCUGUCUACCCACCCAACGCCCAGCCUACAUACGCAGCUGCAGCGUAUCCCAUUCCCGCUUACGCAGACCAGCCGUAUCCUCAACCCGGCCCACAAUAUACUCAUCCUUCAUACAACCAGCCACAAUAUGGUGGCGCAACCUAUGCCCCACCGGCAUACAUUGCACCAUCUUACGAGGCUUCGUACGCGCCACCAGCUUACUCGGCCCCUUCUUACGUUCAUCCUUCGUAUAACAUGCCCGCCAAUUUGGUUUCCUACGCGCCACCAGCGUACGCCGCACCCCAGUACCCACAGCCGGCUUAUGGCAAAGGGGUUUACAGUGUGUCUCACGCACCGCCGGCAUAUCUGGCACCAUCCUAUUCAAAACCAGCGCAUACACAGCCAUCGUACGGCGUCCCCAACGCGCCGAUGACUUACAAGGCGCCAGUUUCCGCUGGGCCUGCGUACGGCCAGCCUGCGCACCAGAACUCGGCUGCGCACAUGGUCACAGCCCAGCACGUUGCUUCAUACGGCGGCUACGGAAAUGUAGCGGCUGGUCCCAACAAUUAUCCUGCUGGACAUCCUCCAGCACCGGCCUACAGCGCCAACGCUGGCCAAAAUGCCGCGUACGGCAAGCCCUCGUAUCCGCGCUACCCACAGCAAGUAGCGACGCUGUCUUACACUUUGCCAGCACAACCGCUUCCGCCUUACUAUUCCCCGUCGUAUGGCAAGCCUGCUUAUGGUGCCCCUUCAAAUGCUUACGGGCCAACCAAACCUAACUAUGGUCCCGCGCCUCUGCAAACGCCUGUCCACAGCGCCACAUACGCACCCGCUGCUCCUCAAGGAGCUAAUUCUUAUGGGCAACCAUCUGCGUAUGGCUCAGGGGCAAAUGCGCACGCGACAUCAGCACCGGCUUCUUAUUUAGCUCCAUCAUCUUACUAUUCCGAAAUCCCACUAGGUGCUAACGGUGGCAAUGGCGCUUCUUCGUACGAGAGUGGCGGUGGAAAUGACGGCUCAUACGGACAAGGGGCAUCACAAAACGGAGCGUACACCACCGUGUCGUACACCGCUUCCGCACCAGCCUACGAGUCCGCGUACACCACCUAUUCCCCACCUGCUCAGUCACAAUAUACAACGGACGCCACGCCAAGCAGCUACUCAUCUUCGUACACAACCUACACUGCGCCCGCGAGUCAGCCGAGUUACACAACUUACAGUUACUCCCCAUCGACUCACACAACGCACUCUACGAACUACUAUCAGCAGUCUUACACGACUCACGGGACGCCGACGGCAUAUGCGCCGGCUACUACGAUGUCACCGGCGUACUCUGGCCACGCGGACCAUGACUACUGGUCUUCGGUUAACAGUGGGCCCACAUCGUACGCUGCCACCUAUCCACCCACAGUUUCUGCGGCUCCCGGCAACUCUCCGCCAAGCUAUUAUUCACCUGCCAGCUACUCCGCUCCACCCGAUUACACUACUAUGAGCUACUCAGCAGCUACCCACGCGCCUCAGGGCUAUAAUUCCCCGAGUUACUCGCCACCCGCGUACUCGGCUCCUUCGUACGGUGAGGCCAGCCACGCUCCUCCGGGCUACAUCGUCCCUACUGCUGCCGGUCAUCCACCGGCUACCUACGCGCCACCCGGCUACUCCGCAGCAAGCCAUCCUCCAGCCCCUUACUCGGCGCCUCUGCACGCCGAUCCAAGUUAUCGUGCGGCUGCGUACGCGGGUGCCACCGACGCCCCUGCUGGCUACGUAGCAGCCACUCAGAUGCCUUCACCCUACUCAGCCGGUGUCUACGUUGCAGUCACUCAUGCUCCUGCAGCCCAGCCAGCACCUGCCUACCGAGCGGCUCCUCUCGCUGCCGACUACCCGCCUCCUCCUUUGGUGCAACCCGCCUACGGCAGAUCAGUCCACCCUGAAGCCUUGACGCAUUACGCCCCUGCGAAGACGAUUGAGCCGACAUACAGCGAGGCAUUCGCGAUGGGCUCGCCAGACGUGCCACCGUACAAGCCCAGAUGUCCUCAGGCCUCGCACACGUGUCCCAUUUGCCCACCGGUUCUGCACAAGGAGCUGCUCAAGAACAUCUGCAACUAUGACCUCGUUGCUGAAACCGAAGUGAGCUAUCCACCCCAAGCAGGAAAAUCAUAUGGAGGCCUCUGCUCGGAGAUGUGCGUCGGUGAAGUGCUACACGGAACAGCCUCCGUUAUGGAUAAGAUUCGCUUCUCGAUCAACAAGUACUGUUCCUGCGAUGCCGCGUCUAAGGAGUACGCGAAGGUGAUCGUGUUCAGCAAACGACACAGCUGGCACUCCCACGGAGGUUCCUACGGGGAGCUGAUGCUGGACGACAAGACCGUCCUGCUGCCUUCCAGCAAGGCUACCCUGAAGGCGAUCACGGAGGCCCUUAAGCAGUGCAAUAGAGGACACCGGUAUCCGGGACCGCAGGCGUACGCGGACGCCGCUUACGCUGGGCCUGCAGGCUGCCCGGACCCUUUCGACGAGUCGUGUCCCCAGUGUGCCAGCGCCGUCAGUGAAGAUAGUCUCGCCACAGACUUGUGCACGUCCGAAUACGCCUCGGUCGUCGCAAUUGGACUCGACUACAAGAAGAUGGCUGUCUAUAAGAACGGGCGGUUCACAUGGAAACAAGCUUAUCUCCCCGACAUUCAAGUGAACGAAGAAACUGCCUUCAGUACCAACCUAAGUGUUGUCAUCAAAGUUAAUGCAACGCCCCCCGAAACCGCGCUAGCCAAACCAGAGGCCGACAGCCUGACGGACUCGUGCCUGACGUACACAGUCAAGGCACUGUACAACGUGAGCCACGGCUCGGACCCCGUCGCGGACUCGUACGACCUGCAGCUCUUCCUGAACAAGCAGUGCCCAUGCCAGCAACUCAAGAGCCAGUUGCCUGGUUACGCGCUGCUCGUAGUCGACAAGCAGUCGAAGCUCUCGGACGGAGUUCUGCAGCUCGGAUCAGGAGCCAAGCUGCAUCCGCUUCCCUACGGCACGCACGUACUGCCACCAUGCUCUGCCGAAGGCGACGCCAUAAAUCCAAGAAGCGAUCCUGGCCCGGAGACCAAACUGCCGCUGCCGGAACUCGAGAUAUCAGUGGAGGACGGUGAAACUGACGCGGAACCCUGCCCGGAGAACGUCCAGACCACUUGUCCAGUGUGCAUCAACGCCUCCGAAGAGCCGGCUGCUAUCGCUACGCAGUACUGCAAGUCAGAAUACGCUGCCGUCGUGAGCAUUCCGGACGACGCCUUCACCGCCAGCACCGACGACUCCGCAAUACAGCCUUGGUGGGCACCCAAACUGAGCCUUUCAACCGUUUCUCAUGGAUCCAGUGCUCAGGUUAACGUGGACGUGAAACCCAAGGCACGGUACCAAUUCCCUCAAACAGACCGAACCGUUGGUCAUGCAGACGAGAAGCGCCAGUGUCGCUCGGGCAAGCUGCACGUGAAGCAACAGAUCACGUCUGAUCACGAGGGAGAGCCCACGGACGCCGUCAAGUUCACCAUCAUGAGUUCCUGCAAGUGUGCCUUCCUGGAACAGCCGACUCAAUUCGCCGUGCUGGCAAGCAAGCUGGCGCCUAAAAGCGACGAGCCGCUCCAUCUGAGCGAAGACGUGACGCUCAUCAGUCUGCCGCUGGGCAAGACAGAGCUGCCCAAGUGCGUGCGGGCCCAGCCUACCCGCAAGCCCUUCUGGAGGAUCUGGUGAUCACGUUCACCGGAGACAUGCGCCACGCGGCUCUGUGAGCUUUCUCCGUGCGAAUCCAGAGGUGGCGUCGCAUGUGCCAUGGAAUGCGGCCGCUGCGCCCUAGAGAAUAAAGUGCCUUACUUGAACGACA